AUGCGCAUGAUGCCGGCGGAUUCCUGGGGUGGGAAUGGGAGUGGGGGUGGUGGUGAGCAGCAUGAAGAUGAAGAUGAAGAUGGAGUUGAUGAAGUUCUCGCGGCCCAGUUUACUGCUGCUGCCGAUAUUGUUGGUGGUGGUGGUGGUGACGGUGGUGCUGCUGCUCGCCAACAGGAUAACGAGAACAAAGGUCGGUGUCAGGGUCAAUGUCAGGUUCAGGGUCAGCAAGCGAAACGCAAAUCUAAAAAAGCACACGAGAACGGCAACGGGAACCCCAACGCAGCUGGUAUACCACCACAGACACAGACACAGAGAGGUCCCAGUCAGUGUUCAUGUCCAGGUCCAGCCAACAAUCCGAACCUCCGCCCAUCAAUACGACCAUAUGUGGAUGGCCACCACCAAAGCUGCUUUUCUCCGUCUCCAAGGGAGAGAGAGUACUAUGACGAUGGCGUCGAUUUAAUUCCUCUUCGUCCACUCGGCCCUAGGGACACCACAGCAGUUCCAGUUUCAAUACCAUUCAGCACAGCCGCACGCAAACUGCAAGCGACAUUAUCACGAUCAAUUGCCUUCUUCAAGACAUUUUACCGCGACUUUCGGGCGGAAACGCGCGCCCUAGGUGGAUAUGCCGAUACAACGCUGAUGAAUCGGGCGUGGAGAAGGAAGAUACGAAAUAGUGAGGAAUAUAUUGGACCGGUGAACAACAGGCGGAGCAGACGUGGACAAAACGAACAAGAGGGAUCUUCUGGUGCUGGUGCUGCUGGUAACAACCACGGCAGCACCAACAACAGCAACGACAGCGGCAAUCAUGGCGGCAACAACAAUAAUCAUGAGAGGAUGUGGGCGGCGGCCGCUACGCAGCCUGAUCUACGUACGUUUUCGGAACUUCAACGAGAAGUCAUCGAUCGUGUGACGGCGCUGUAUCAUGCGAAAUUGCCGCAGGCGCGGAUUCUUCGUCGGCCUACUGAUAGACAUAGCCUGACGGAUUUGGAUUUGGGUUUGGGUUCAUUGGGUGAGGAGGUGGGAGACGAAGAAGGUGGCAAUCCUACAGACCGUCGGAUCCUAGAGGAGUGGAAUAUGGCUUUGACGCUAAAGAGACAUGUUCGGGAUUCCUUUGGUCGAGUUGUUCGUGCGGUCAAGGAUAUGGAUAGGAAUUAUAUGGCGGUGACGCAGGCGAUGAGGGAGUUGGAGAUGUUGCAGAGGGAUUUGGUGAUUUAUCGAAGGGGGUGGGAUGAGAGGGUGUGUUAUCAAGGGGUGUCAACGGAUGACGGUGGUGGUGGUGAAUGGGAUGGGGGUAGAGGAGAGGAUGAGCUUGGUGUCGGUGGUGGACAUGAGGAUCAGGGCGCUCCUGAGGAGGGUGGGCAGGAUGACCAGGGUGAGCAAAAGUAG